AUGGCUCCUAAAGACAUGAAUUAUAUUGAAUGGGCUCACCAAACGGCGGCUGAGAAAAAAACUCAUGUGAGUUUCCCGCAGUUGAAGUACCCAUCAUUAAGAGAUGGAGGGCUAAAAGACCCCGUACAAUGGUUGGAAGGCAAAGCCAUGGACGAUGGAGCCGAAGGUUUAUGGAGAAUACGUGAUGGGCUUUACGAUUUCGAAGAAUUUCAAGAUAAACAUCCCGGUGGCGCUGAGUGGCUGGAGCUCUCUAAGGGGACAGACAUUACUGAGGCCUUCGAGUGCCAUCACUUGAAUCCUGUUGUGGAAAAGAUGAUAGAAAAGUAUUAUAAACGAGACGCCAAGACGCAAAGGAAUUCUCCGUUUACAUUUGAAGAAGAUGGUUUUUACAAAACGUUAAAACGAGCUGUGAGAGAGGAAAUAAAGAAAAUUCCUCCUAGCAAACAAAAGCGGCCAGAUUACAUUAUUGAUAGUCUUUUUGCAACCGUUUUGUUAACGUCAGCAUUAUCUUGCUGGUCUAAAGACUAUUGGACUGUAAUGGGAGCAUACCUGACAGCGUCUUUGGCUUUAGCAUGGACCACAGUCGCAUCACACAGCUAUGUUCAUAUGAAAACUAACUGGAGAAUGUACUUAUUCAAUCUAACCUUAAUGUCCUAUAGAGACUUCAGAAUAUCUCAUGCUCUUUCUCAUCAUUUAUACCCAAAUACUCUAAUGGAUUUUGAAGUUAGUGCCUUUGAACCAAUAGUCUUCUGGAAUCCGAGAAAGAAAUCUAGUCGUGUAUACUUCACACUCUUCAUUGAACUUAUUUUCUAUCCGUUUAUAGCUUUGAUCAAUUUCUCUAGAAGAUUCGCAAGCAUUUUCAUCCGUAAAGACUUCUUGACACGUCACUACAGAUGGCAUGAUGGUAUCGGCUUCCUUCUUCCUAUUUGGAUGUGCCUCGCUAGUGGUUCUUCAUUCUACCACGCAGUGAUUAUGUGGAUGUGGAUAAUUUGUACUACCAGUUUAAUUAUUUUUGCUAUCGGCACAAACGCUGCCCACCAUCAUCCCGAUAUAUUCAAAGACGGUGAUCAAGUCAGAGGUAAAACAGUCGACUGGGGCAUGCAUGAGCUCGAGGCAGUGAUGGACCGUACUGACAUCAACAACAGCCUUUUCAGGUCCAUGACAUUCUUCGGAGAUCACGCUCUUCAUCAUCUUUUCCCAACUUUGGACCAUGUAAUUUUGAAACAGCUGUACCCAGUAUUUCUGGAACAUUGCGAAAAGUUCAAAGCUAAUUUUCGAUUGACAUCAUCUUACGACCUUUUUAUAGGACAGUUGAAAAUGGCUGUCAAAGAAAAUCCUAAUGUUUUGGAUGAUUCGCGUUAG